AUGGGAAAGCACGAGAAAAAGGCCGGAAAGGGCCGUCUGGAUAAGUUCUACUGGCUUGCGAAGGAGCAGGGAUAUCGAUCGCGUGCUGCUUUCAAGCUUGUACAAUUGAACAAGAAAUACAAUUUCUUAGAGAACGCACACUGCUGCAUUGAUUUGUGCGCUGCACCAGGUGGAUGGCUUCAGGUUGCAAGCAAACACAUGCCACCGAACAGCCUUAUUCUGGGCGUAGAUCUUGUGGCCAUCAAACCCAUUCCUCGAUGCAUAACUUUUGCCGAGGACAUCAACUCGUACCGGUGUCGAGAACAACUACAAGAACACAUGAAGGAUUGGAAAGCUGAUGUUGUUCUUCAUGAUGGCGCACCGAACGUCGGUACGGCUUGGGUUCAGGAUGCGUACGCACAGAAUGAACUUACACUGCAGUCCCUUAGACUCGCAGUCGAGUUCCUUGUUCCUGGCGGUACAUUUGUGACAAAGGUUUUCCGCUCGAAAGACUAUAAUAAUCUAAUGUGGGUUUUCCAGCAGCUUUUUCACCACGUGGAAGCAACGAAGCCGCCGUCAUCUCGAAACGUAUCUGCAGAGAUUUUUGUUGUAUGCCAGCGCUUUAAGAACCUGUCGCGUAUUGAUCCCAAGUUCCUUGACCCUCGCUACGUAUUCAAAGAGUUGGAUCCGUCUGGGAAGGAUCUUCUGGGAACAAGCUCGCAAAAUUUGCUAGAAAAUGUCCUCAAUCCUGAGAAGAGCCGGCGCAAACGUGAAGGUUACGAAGAAGGCAAUUAUACCCUGUAUAAAACCAUCGGUGCUGAUGCCUAUAUUCGCGGUGCUGAUGCAGUUGCCAUGCUCGGUACCUACAACCGCAUUACUUUUGACACUGACGUUGACAAGACAUAUCUCCAGCAUCCGGCGACAAAUGAUGAUAUCAAGGCGAAUUGUGAGGAUCUGAAAGUCCUUGGUCGGCGCGACUUCUCGUCGCUGAUGAAGUGGCGCAAAGCCGUGCGCCAAUCGAUGAAUCUCGAUGCCCGUCCCGAUAAAACCGAAUCACAUAAUGUCACGGUGGAAAUGGAGCCGCUGAACGAAGAGGAUGCGAUGGACGAGGAACUGGCACGGCUUAAUGAAGAAGCCUCGAGACGGGCGCGGAAGGAACGACGCAGACGCAAUGAAGCACGCGCCAAGAGUCUCCAAAAACUACAGCUUAAUAUGACUCUACCUGCCGACGCCGGUGAAGACUGGCAGGAUCGCGCACUUCAGGGCGAAGACAUGUUUUCUCUUGAUUCGGUGAAUAGGCGGCCAGCACUGGAGAGGGGUGCGAACUCUGUCGAUUUACUCGAUGCUGAUGAAGCCCAAAGUUCUGAUAAUAAUGAUGACGUUCACCACGAACAAGGGAACGAAGAGGAUGACGACGAUGAUGAUGAUUUGGACGUCGACGACGAUCGUGAGCGUCGUAUUCGUGAGCUGGAGUCAGGCAUGGACACACUCUAUGAGCAGUACCAGCAGCAGCUUCAAAGACGUGACACCAAGUACCUCGCGAAGGAAGCUAGACGCAAGUCCGGAAAGUACGAGGAAUGGGAUGGUAUAUCGUCCAAGUCAGACGAUGGUACAGAUCAAGGAGACAGUGACGAAGAUGGGCCGAAGGCCAUGGGGUACGAUGCAAUGAAUAAGCGGAAAUUCCAUGAGGAAACAUAUGACUCGGAUGAUGCUGAGGACGAUGAGGACGAGAGAGAUAAUUCGCGUGAACUUGAGGUGUCCAGUGACCGGUCACAGCUGCGCAAGCCUCAUGCAGCUGCAAAGAGCACGCCUAAGUUGUCACAGAGUGGCGACAUUUCCCUGAGACCUCUUGAGCCCUUUAAGAGUGUGGAUCAGCAACAAAGCGCAGCCUCAGCACUGUGGUUUGACAAUCCUGUGUUUCAGGACAUGGUGCCGUUGGAAAUGCUUGCCCCUAUGUCGAAGAAAGUGUCGCGCGAACCAACGCCUGAACUGGAAGAAGAAGGCGAGGAAGAAGAUGAAGAAGAAAAUGAUUCAGAAGAACUUGAUGACCAGCAUGAUAUGGACGAAGAUGACGACACUAUGGAACUUGUGCCAUCUAAUGAACUUGAUUCUAUCCCCGAUGACGACUGGAAUGUGGAUGAUGAAGACCAGGUUGCAAGGAAUCAAGAACGUAUCAGAAAGCACGGUUUGCAAACAGCUGAGGCAGUAUCUAUGGCGCAUGCUCUUGUGAACCGUCAAAUGACCAAGACGGAUCUCGUAAACCAAGGCUUUAAUCGUCACAGUUUCAACGACAAGUCUGGCUUACCGGAAUGGUUCCUAGAGGAUGAAAACAAACACUACAAGACAAAUAUCCCACUAUCGAAGGAGGCUGUUGAAGCACUCCGUGCACGACAGCGUGCCUUGGAUGCACGGCCGAUUAAAAAGGUUGCUGAAGCCAAAGCGCGAAAGAAGCAUCGUGCUGCCAUGCGACUUGAGCGUGCACAAAAGAAAGCAGAAGCUAUCAAUGAGAAUGCCGACUUGUCCGAGCGUGAGAAGGCAGAAAACAUUAGCAAGAUUAUUGCCCGCUCAGGCCAAAAGACUGAAAAGAAGGCUCCUCAGCUUGUUGUUGCUCGUGGUCCAAACCGCGGUAUUAAAGGACGACCUGCAGGGACGAAAGGCCGAUACCGGAUGGUUGACCGACGUAUGAAAAAGGAACUACGUGCGCAGAGUAAGUCUAAAAAAUGCGAAUAG